CGUCCAGGGUUAGUAUCGCUUUGUAGCCUUCCCGGGACGCAACUAAUCUUGUGGUGGUGUGUGGCACAUAUCGAACCUCGGAAAAGAACGGGAAGUUGUUUCUGGCGAAAGCAGCAAAACCGGUGUCCAUAUAGUGUUUACUAACAAUAGUUUUCAUAGGCAAUUAUAGCCACAUAUUCCUUCUACGAUGGGCUGCACGGAGUGGGUAGAAUUGAAUCAGAAGAACAAACCACAAAGCAACGCAAUUGCGACAGGAGUGUUUACACUUCUUGCGACGGGCAUGUACCAUGCCGCAACCCUGUACGAUCCAGGAUAUCGAAAUGAAGAGUGGGCCUACAGUCGCUCAGACACGGCAGUUCUUGUAACAUUGAUGCUCUUCCAUAUUGCGGCCAUCGUAGGAUCACUCGCAGGAUGGAUUUUGAUCGAGCGUUACGCCAAAAAACAGAUCAACUUUGUAACGAUGUCCUUCGUGAUCGUGGGCUGCACGGUAAGCAUCGCAGUGCCGCACAGCCUCAUUGCCGUCGCAUUUGCCCGCAGCCUGAUGGGAGUGGCUCACGGUCUUGCCUACCUACUAGUGCUAGUGCACGGCGGCGAGAUAGUGAUCAAGGAGCUGCGUGGUGUCAUUAUGGCGGCGGUAAACUUUUGCGUCAUCUCCGGUGCGCUGAUCGGUGGCAUCAUAAACCCGGUCGACCUGGAAAGCCUUACCGCACACCAGUUUCUGGGCAUCAUUGGGCUCACCUACAUGCUGCUAGCUUUCUUCAUGAACCUGAUGCUAUGCUACGAGUCGCCCGUCUUUCUGCUCCAGCGCAAUCAAGAUGCGGAGGCACUACGCAGUAUGCUGAAACUGCGCAACGAGUCGACCGAGUCGUGGGAAAUUCGUAACGAAAUGACCGAAUUUAAAACCAUGCUGUCGGAGGAUGCGACUACAUCGCGGUCCAUCUUUAUGGACGGGAAUCUUCGCCCACUGGCACUGGUGGCGCUCGGCAAGGUUGCGUCCGUGCUGUCGUUCAACUACGCCGUCAACACGGUCAAAGCGAACGUCAUCGAUGAGGUGUUGGAUAGCAGCGCAACCACCACCACCGAUAUACGGCUGUCGAUUGUCAUCCUGAUGUCGAUAAGGAUGGUGGUCGGUAUGGGCGCCAUGUUCGCGGUCGAUGUACUCGGGCGCCGCGCCCUCCAGCUCGUAUCGAUCUGCUCCACCGGGCUGGUCCUGGUCGCGAUGGGUAUCGUCUACCUGGCGACGGACUCCAUUACGCCCGACAUCGGGAUGGCACUGUUUGUGGCCUGUGAAGUGGGUGCCUCCCUCGGUCUUACCUUCAUCCCGGACGUGCUCUGCUCGGAAGCGUUCAACACGAAGAAGAAGGCGCUAUCGAUCGCUGUAGUUCAGGUGCUGGAGCAGAUACUGCAUCUGAUCGUGUUUGGCGUCGUGUACUGGUGGAACUUUGCUGUGUACGAUCGGUACGGAGUGACGCUGCUAGUGGCCGGGCUACCAAUGCUGGGCAUUGGAUAUGUGCUUUACCGGAAGCUGCCGGAAACCUCCAAGAUGUCGAUACGACAGGCGCGUAUUGAGUUUUACAAGCGCGAGGGUAUCGUGUUUGGUGGUAGCAAGAACUCAGUGGAGGUGCUUUACGACUAAAACGGGACUGGAGACUGGGACUGGUGUUGUACAAUAAAUUAUUGAACUAUUUUGUAA